CAUACUGAUGUCUACAGAUUCCUGCUUGUGUAAUGGGUCUUUUCAUAUACAGGGAAAGGGGGAGGGGUGUCUGCUGUUCCGGUUUUCUCAGCCCCUUUCAGUGGGUUUCCCAGCCUAACCUCAACAACAGUGCUAAAAUGGGAGCUUCUAACUACAUUGUUUGCUUCCAAAGUAAGUAGACGAAGAGGAAGACAACGUACCAGUCAGCAUGAAGUCCCUACAAGUCCUUUUGCUUCUAGGCUUGAUUGUUGCAGUAGCCAUUGCUUACGACUCAUUCGAGAGCCAAGAGUCCUUUGAGAGAUACGAUCCAUUUGUUAACUCAAGGAACGCCAACUCAUUUAUGAAUUCCCAGAGAAGAAAUCAGCGUAUGAAUGAAAGAAUGCGUGAGCGUGUUAAGAGUCCUCGGGAACGCCAGAGAGAAACCUGCGAGGAUUACGAUCCCUGUGAACGCUAUGCCAUGCGUUAUGGAUUCAAUGCUGCUUACAAACGUUUCUUUGGUCAAAGUCGUGCUGAAAAAUAAGGCAGAAAACUCUUCAGAAGGGCUUUAAAGUCAUAACGCUUGCUAAGUCUUUGACUUAUAAGAUAACAUUCUCAAUUACAUAUUACAGCUCUGCAACAUCAGAUAAUAGUAGCUUUUUGUUAUUCUGUUUUAUCUCAGAAUUUAGUGUCCUCUGUAACUUGUCCUAAUAAAACUGUUCUCUGUCUUAAGAAAUAAAAUAAUUAUUGUCUA